AUGGAACAGUUCAAUAAUUCUCACCGGCCCAGGAUCCCCCACUUGAACCAUGUUGGUGGAAAAGUUCUAUGUGAGCCCUCUUUGUGAACUCCAAAAUGUGUGUGACACAACAGAAAGACGUGUUCUUCAGAAACAAAGAGCGAAAAAUUCAGGUGAAGAAAACAACAGAAGAAGGAGGAGCUCCAAGGAUUUGGAGCACUUUGGCUCAAAAUAAGAUUAAAAUGGGCAGCUACACAUUUGUCAAAGUUAUGAUGGUUGUGUUCAACUUGCUUAUCUUUCUGGGGGGCCUGUGUCUGACGGUUACAGGGAUAUGGGAGACAGUUGAUGGGGGCUCCUUCAUCCGGAUUUUGAUACCAUUCUCUCCCAAUUACCUGCGUCACCCCAACGUGUCCGUCUUCUGCAUAGUGAUUGGCUUAGUUAUGAUUCUGCUCGGAAUGCUGGGGUGCUGUGGAGCUCAGAAAGAGAGCAAGUGUCUUCUUAUAACGUUCUUCUCCAUUAUCCUGGUCAUUUGCAUCGCUGAGGUUGGAGCUGCAAUAGUUGGCCUGUUCUAUACUUCACAAACUGAGAGCAUCCUAAGAGCUUGGGCUCUACCUGGGCUGAAGGAACAGUAUGGGACAGACCAAGUGUUCACAGACUUGUGGAACUCAACCAUGGCAACAUUGCAUUGCUGUGGCUUCAACAACUAUACAGAUUUCUCUGAGUCCAACUACCUUGAGCAGAAUGGGGAUCUUUUUCCUCCUAUGUGCUGUUUGGCUACUGAGAUUUUCCCCUGUGAUGAGGAUUUUGCACUUUUCAGUGAUGUGGUGGGCUGUUUUAAACAAAUUGUUACAGUUGUCCAGAGGAAUGCUAACAUUGUAGGAGGAAUAGCUGCUGGCGUCACUGCCAUUGAGUUGGCAGCGAUGGGGGUGUCCAUAUAUCUUUAUUGUUACCUAGACAACAAUGCCACCUGAAAAUCUUCUGUUUAUUCUUGUGUAUCUACAACUUUUGUUUGUCAAACAGAAAAUCUUAGCUAGUUUUGUAGAUAGUUGUUGUAUGUACAGUAUAUAUUACUAUUUUCUAUUUACUGUAUAGUAAGUUUACAAUUGUAUCAAGUAAACAAGAAAAUGCAGAAUAAAGAAAUUGUAAUAUUUCCCAGUUCUAUUAAUAAUACCUCACUGGUUUUUGGAGAUAAGUGACAUAGCUAAC